GCUGCUGCCGCCGCCGCCGUGUCUGCCCCUCCCGGGCUGCCAUUUCCCUGCCUCGCCGCGCUCCCUCCGCCAUGCCGCGGCGCCGCGGGAGGGAGCGGGACCCAGCUUCGGCCCUCCCUGGCACGGCGGGACCCGGCCCCACGGGCGUGUGGCGAGGGCCGGGCCCCCCGGGCGAGCACAGGCAGGAGCCAGGAGCCGGGCUACUGUGGAGGGAGCCGAGCCCAGAGUCCGGCUUCAGCCCGAGUGGUUCUGCUUUGGUGCUGAGCCAGGAUGGGUUUUGCCGAAGACAAAGUGUACGACUACAUUCUGAAAAACCUCAAGAAUUUCAGGAACAUCCGUGUGGCGUCGCUGGCCGAUUCCCUGAGCUGCCUGACCGAUGCCGACAGAGAUGAACUUCACGCCCGGGAGGAAACACGGGGGAGCCAGGCGACCGUCUAUAAGUUUUAUCAGCACCUGAAGUGCCGGCAGGGCUGGGUGCUGGAUCUCAUCGACGCGCUGCGCCAGAACAACGCAGGGCACCUGGCCGACGAGCUGCAGCACGUAUAUGACUCUUGGCAAGCUCGUCCCCCGGCUCCCGCUACUGCCUCGCUCCCUCCUGCAGCCAGCGAUGCCUGUCCCGCCGUCUCCUCCAUUGGUGCCCAGGCGCCAUCCCCAAGGCCAAGCCCUGCUCCGGGCGCUGCGUUGGCCGAGAAGCCAUGCCGAGAGCCACCAGUCAUCAGCCAUCCACCUCUCCUGCCUGGUGCUGCCACCACCACAAGCAAGGACCUGGACGCCAGAGCCCCGGUGCAGGAAUCGGUCCCAAAAAAACUUCUGGAGCAUGAGACUCCCCAGCCGCCUCUGCCUGGGAGCUCAGUCUGUGACAGAGCGAGCGAUGAGCGUGGCGGAGAGGGGCAUCUCCCGCAUCCCCUCAAGGCAGUGCAGGUGGCAGUGGGGACCCCCGGGACAGCCAGCGUUGCCAUGCCACUGGCCACCCCCCCAGCGCAGGGCCGGGACUGGCUGAGCCGCCAGAAGCACCCGGUGUGUGUGGACAACGGGUGUUUUGGGAACGCCAACCACCUGCACCGCGGCGCGCCGGCCUUGGGUCUGGGCAGGUCUCUUCCGCUGAGGGACGUGGGUGCCCCUUGCGGCCUCCAGCAGCCCAGGAACGAACCUGAAGAGGACUUUUACAUCUCCACCGAGUCACGCCCGAGGCCGGAGGAGACGGCUCGCACUGGGGGGCCGGAGGAGACGGCUCGCACUGGGGGGCCGGAGGAGACGGCUCGCACUGGGGGGCCGGAGGAGACCGCUCGCACUGGGGGGCCGCAGCCCCCAGACUCACUGCUAAAAAGCCAUGCUAUGCCUGGCUCUGGGCCUGGUGAGCCCCCAGGCAGCUUCGUGGAUGUGCGCAGCCCCCUCCUCAUACAGCAGCAGUUCGAUGCGGAGCAGAAACGGGUCGGGAUGCUGCAGCAGCAUGGAGGAGAUGAAGAUACUUGGAUGGAAACAGCUACCCUGGUGGCUACUCCUGCACCCGGAGAUGCUUCCCCAUCCUGUGACGACUCCUUGAAGCCUCCAGUACAAGAGGAAAACCUGCUGGUGGGGAAGAUGGGCAGCAGCACCCCCUCCAUGCUGACGAAGGAGAAAGUGCUCCCGGCCUCAGCGGACCCUCUCCCACCUGCUGCAGGAAGCUUUGAAGGCACGUCUAGGAGGAUGGCCUCCCAGGUGAGCUCUGCAACGAGCAUCUGGAUUCCUUGCAGUAACGUGGAGAGGGAUGUGGAGCUCAGCAAGCCGGGCAUCCUCCUCUCCAUGACUGGGGAGGGGCAGGAGGCAGCCAGCAGAUGCCCGAGCACUCGGGGGCCCAGCAACCCCUGUUCCGGGCUGUCCGAUAGCCUCACCUUCAGCAGCGACCCGCUCCUGGUGAGCACAGAUAGCUCGAGCUCAGGAGAAGUGCUGUCGGGAUGCCCGGCUCCAGGGGCUCAUGAAGACACUAGGGCAGAGAAGGCAGCUGAAGGAAGCAGAAACUCCCACCCGCCUGCGAGCUGUGACAGCACCUCCCUGGGCACCCACGAGGUCCAUGUGGAGCAUUCCCCCAGCACCCAGCUUGGGGCAGGCAGCGAGUUCCGAGAUAGAGCCCGUCCGCUUGGAAGCUCCCCGAUUUUUGACUCUAGCAGGGUGCGUGGCACUGAGACCAGCUUGUCUCAGGCCACGGCCCCUCCAGGGGACAGCAACGGACCGUCCCUGCCGUACAUCAUCCCAGCUGUGGGCAUCGCCCUGAUUUCAGCUGCUGCGUUUCUGGUGUACGCUCGACUGCAGAAAUAGAGUGGGUGGGAUGCUGCGACUGUCGCUCAGCCCCGAGGCAAUUUCUCCUCAUUGCAGGAAUUUGGCCGACACGUUUGAAGCCUGAAGAACAGCUGCGGGGGGGACACGGUAGGGGUGUUGUUAAAUCUCUUUCUGGAAGGUUUUGCUAGAAGAAGCCUUGGUUGCGCGAUACUGUUGGGUUUGGGUCUGUUCCCCCACCAUCUCCCAACCACCUUCUUGCCUGUAGACUUCUUUAACACCCAUAGAGAGGGUCUCGUUCAGGAAGUAAGCCCUUGAGUCAAAGAAGAAAGUCCUCUUGGUGAUUCUCCACAUCUUCCUUGUUUGGUCCCAGGAGGCCCCAGGGAAACACGUUCUGGUGGUCUGAAGGGUGAGCCCGGGUCCCUCCAGGCAGUGCAGUGACAAGAGGUUUUGCAGCCGUCCUGUAAAAGAGGAGCUCAGUUUUUUGGCUCUGCUCAUCUCAGCUUGCCUGAGGGUCCGCGCAGCAGCCUUCAGCGAGCGCCUCACGUCAAAUUUGCCUUACUCAGUGCAGCACCGACACCCUGGGGAUGAAGCUGAGGGUCAGGAAAGAGCCGCAUCUAAGCAGUUUUCUCGAUAAUCAACCUCAUUUCACCCCCUUCCAGCCAGGGAAAGGGGGAUUGUGCUUUAAGAGGAACAUUUCACGCAGUACCAGCACUAAGGUCCUGUGCAGGAUUGUUGGGGGUCUUUGAUCUUUAGGCUGUGUUUUUAGAGCCUGGCUCAGAGGCAGAUGUAGUUCGUGCCUUUCCCCAUACCUGGUGCUCUGGGAGAGGGAUAUGGGGGAACUUGUGCCCAGGCUGGGACACAAAGAGGAUCGGCUCUGUGUGCUGCGGGGAGGCCGUACCGGGCGGUUGAGAUCCUCUGGGUGAUCUUGAAGGUCCUGUUUAAAACUGCAGCCCAUAAUUUCCUUGCUAUCCCUGGGGAUCAGCUUGGAGCAUGAGGGGAUUGGACUGCAAGAUUUCUAAGAUAAAAUCCUCACACCCAAAUAAACCUCCCCAGCUCGUCCCUGCCCUGGGCGGCUCUCGGGGGCAGAAGCAGCCCUGCUUGGCCGCUGUCGGCACGUGGCUCUAGCUCUGGGCAGAGCUUAGUGACCCCAAGCCACGCUGCCCACGCGGGUCGGUGCAGCCGCGGGUUGUUCGCAGUCUCUGCUCCCUCCUGAAAGCAUGGGGACACAGAAGUAACAAAAGUACGUGUUCUUUUUUUGUAGUUAGAGGGUUAUUGCAGCUAGAGGUUUUCUUGUUUGUUUUGGUUUUUUUUUUAAGCGCAGGCUUUCAGGUGUUCCUGCCCCGCAAGAUUUGCUGGGGGUGGGUAGGAGGGGAGCUGUGGCAGGAGGCAGGGCUGGGCCGAACGCUUGGCGAUCCGCUGGUGGAUCCGCACAGCAGAAGGCUGGCACAGUUUGAAUCCUGCGAGCCCGCAAGGAUGCCGUGGGCUUUAAACCGCUGCAGUGGCCUGGUGCUGACAGCUGGGCUGUGUUCCUAAUCCAGGCUGGUGCUUCUUCCUUCCUUUACUGUGUCCAGUAAUUUAUUCCCCCCGGAUUCCUGCCGUUCGGCACAGCUUCCCAAAAUACAGCCCUCCUGCUGGCAGGGGAGCGGCGCAGCCGUUGUGUUGGGAGCUCUGCCCGGAGUGGGAAGGGUCUGUCAGCCCCACAGCGGGGCGAGGGGCUGCUUGUCCCUCCUGAUGCCUUCCCUUUGCCCAAAUGCAAGAAGUGCCUCCCUUAAAUGAUAAGAACAAUAAAUCUACAUGAUAGUGAGGUGCUGAUUUUGAUGCGGCAGGGCUGCUCUGCAGGUGAGCGGGGAGGUGUUCGUUGCUUGCUCGGUGCCCGGCGCUUUGCCUGUAAGAGGACGGGACAGUGCCUUUAAACACCCUCAGCCUCCUCUGCUGGGAGAGGGAACAUGGGGAAUGCUCUCCCCGUUUGGAGGUCAUAGAACUGUAGGAUCAUUAAGUUGGAAAAGACCUCUAAGAUUACCAAGUCCAACCAACUGCCCCAGGGCACCUGAAGUGCCACGUCUGCACGGUGUUUGAACCCCCCAGGGACGGUGACUCCCCCACCUCUCUGGGCAGCCUGUGCCAGGGCCUGACCGCUCUGGCAGGGAAGGCAUUUUCCCUCCUCUCCAACCUAAACCUCCCCUGACGCAGCCUGAGGCCGUUCCCUCUCACCUGUCACUGGUGACUUGGGAGCAGAGACCAGCCCCCCCCUCACUCCAGCCCCUCUCAGGCAGCUGCAGAGAGCGAGAAGGGCUCCCCUCAGCCCCCUUUGCUCCAGGCUAAACCCCCCCAGCCCCCCCAGCCGCCCCCCAGCACACUUGUGCUCCAGACCCUGCCCCAGCCCCGCUGCCCUUCUCUGGACACGCUCCAGCCCCUCAAGGCCCUUCUUGUCCCGAGGGGCCCAAACCUGAGCCCAGCAUUCGAGGUGGGGCCUCCCCAGGGCCGAGCACAGGGGCCCCAUCCCUGCCCGGCUCCUGCUGGCCACACCAGUGCUGACACAAGCCCGGGGGCUGGUGGCCUCCUUGGCCACCUGGGCACUGCUGGCUCAUGCCCAGCCGGCUGAAGGUAACGUGGUACUUGCCCAAAACCUCCCUGUGAGUAGGGAGAACCUGGGGUUCCCCAUCAGUCAUCCCCCGGAAGCUGUUUUUUUCCCUCAGGUUUUGUAAUUUUCCCUUCAUAGAGACCCAUCACAUCCCUGGGAAAGCUGCAGUUUCCAGUGCUAAGAAUUGCUCUCUACAUGCAGUAGGUACAGAAACCUCCCCAAAUCCUAACUCCUUCGUAAAAGGGUCAUGUUUACAACUGAAUACGGCACUGAAAUAAAGCAGGCUGCGUAUCAUAAAGCAGACUCUGUGCACCUGCAUAACCACGCGGCAGGAUCCAGCCCAAAAUGCGUUACAGCGAGGGGGCGCGUGCCUUCUCCAUGUGAUUUCUGCGUGAUUCGGAGGACGUGUGAGAUCCCAAACCAGCAGCAUCCGCACCAAGGCCCUCUUCUCUCGUGCUUUACUUGCCUGAAAAAUUCUUCACGUAUUUUCCCGCUACUUUUUAGCAACGGCUUGUACGCUUUGCCUUUUUGCGUUGAAUCGCUCGUGCGAAACAGCCGAUUUCUCACUCCUUCGGGCUCAAUAAAAGCGCACGUUCAGUUUUCUGCUGUGAACAUGCAGAAGACUGGGUGUAUUUUCACAGUUAUGAUGCAGCACUUUAAAAGCAUAAUCAGCGGGUGAACCUGUGGGAGGGAACUGCCUCCCUGCAACCUUUUAGAAAAGAAAAAAUGCCUUUUACUAACUAUAUAAUAAAAUUAUUUGCCACUUCAUACUCAA